UAUAAUGUGGUAAUAUUCUUUAGUUUAAAAUGAAUAAUUUAUAAUUAGGAUAUAAGAACUAUCUAUAUAUUCUGUAGUUGAAAAUUUGUUAGGAUUGUUAACCAUAUUGUAGUUAUCAUAUUUAUCAACAAUAACAAGAUUAUAGUAUACAAAUAAAUAAAAGCGAGGAAGACAGAGAAUCGUGAACACAUGGUUGCAUGAGAGAUACUUCUCUCCUAAAAGAUCCACUUCCUCUAAACCAGAAUCUUUCCUCUUUCUCUAAUCAUAUCAAAUCUCCCUAUAUAUACACACGCACAAACACAUUGAUAUAUAUAUAUAUAUAAACACCCUGAACUCUUCACUAAAUUACAAAACUAAAACAAAAGUUUGAACUCUUCUCCUGUGAUCUCUUUCCAAUGGAGCAAGAACUACCUUCUAGUACUAGACCCAAGCCCAAGCUACUUAACCGUCUCAACACCUACGUGGGCUCAAGCCGGGUCGGCAAGCGGUUCAAACUCGCCGAACGGAAUUCAACUUUCACGACGGAGCUCCGUGCCGGUACGGCGACAUUUCUCACCAUGGCGUAUAUCCUCGCCGUGAACGCCUCCAUCCUCUCCGACUCCGGCGGAACUUGCUCUGUUUCCGACUGUGUCCCCCUCUGCUCAAACCCAGCCCUCCUACCUUCCCAGUGUACCGGACCGGGUCUCAGCUUAAUCCAACCGGACAUAACAUGUAAAUUCGAUCCGGUUAAUCCCGGUUACGCAGCCUGCCUCGAAGUACUCCGAAAGGAUCUAAUCGUCGCCACCGUGGCUUCCUCCUUGAUCGGGUGUGUAAUCAUGGGACUGAUGGCGAAUCUCCCUCUAGCGUUAGCUCCUGGAAUGGGAACAAACGCUUACUUCGCUUACACAGCCGUCGGUUUUCACGGAUCCGGUUCAAUCUCGUACCAAACCGCUCUCGCCGCGGUUUUCAUCGAGGGGCUAAUAUUCCUCUUCAUCUCCGCCAUAGGCUUCAGAACGAAGCUAGCGAAACUCGUCCCUAAACCGGUCCGAAUCAGCUCCUCAGCCGGUAUAGGACUCUUCCUCGCCUUCAUCGGUUUACAAAACAACCAAGGACUCGGUUUAGUCGGUUACAGCCCCUCAACACUCGUCACACUCGCCGCGUGUCCAGCCUCGUCACGUGCCUCGUUAGCUCCCGUUAUAACGUCGGCUAACGGAACCGUUGCUUUCGGUUCAGUUUCCGGCGAUAUCAUCUGCCUCCACGGGCGCAUGGAAAGCCCCACGUUCUGGCUGGGCAUCGUCGGGUUCGUGAUCAUCGCUUAUUGCCUGAUCAAGAACGUGAAAGGAGCGAUGAUCUACGGGAUCGUGUUCGUGACGGCGGUUUCGUGGUUCCGUAACACGGAGGUAACGGCGUUUCCGAACACAACGGCGGGAGAUAACGCUCACGAUUAUUUCAAAAAGAUCGUUGACGUCCACGUCAUCAAGAACACGGCGGGAGCGUUAAGCUUCUCGGGGAUAAGCAAAGGGCAUUUCUGGGAAGCGUUGGUGACUUUCCUCUACGUGGAUAUUUUGGACACGACGGGGACGCUCUACUCCAUGGCGAGGUUCGCCGGAUUCGUCGACGAGAACGGCGAUUUCGAGGGGCAGUACUUCGCGUUCAUGUCCGACGCGUCCGCGAUCGUGAUCGGAUCGCUUUUAGGGACGUCUCCGGUGACGGUUUUUAUUGAAUCGUCGACGGGGAUUAGGGAGGGAGGGAGGACGGGGCUGACGGCGAUCACGGUGGCGGUUUACUUCUUCUUCGCUAUGUUUUUCACGCCGCUGCUGGCUUCGAUUCCGGCGUGGGCGGUUGGACCGCCGUUGAUACUGGUGGGGGUGAUGAUGAUGAAGGCCGUGACGGAGAUCGAUUGGGGAGAUAUGAGGGAGGCGAUUCCGGCGUUCGUGACGAUGAUUCUGAUGCCGUUGACGUACUCGGUGGCGUAUGGGUUGAUCGGAGGGAUUGGGACGUAUGUUGUGUUGCAUCUGUGGGACUGGGGAGAAGAAGGUAUGGUGAAGUUAGGGUUCUUGAAAAGGAAAGUUGAUGAAGAAGAAGAAGAGGUUUUUUUUAAUGGAUAAAACGGACCAAACCCAGAGUACACAUCCCAAUGUCCAGCUACAUAAUCAAAAGGCCAGAAGCCCAAAAGCCAAAAGACAACAAACGGACCCAUUCAUCGGGCCGUCGGCCCAAACAUUAAAAGCAUGUGCGACGUCGGCCGAGUCACGCGUCAAGGAAGCUGACUGCUGGACACGUGGGAGCAUCUAUGCCAUCAGAACGACACGCGUCGCACCAGCCUCGACUUGACCGUCCCCGCCUCGACUCACCGCCGGAACCACAUAACCACAACUUCAUUUCGUCGGAGCUCAUAACCCGCAGAGCCUCCGCCGAAACCAUCUCUGUUCUUCCAAUUCUGUCUACCCGUCGGAGAGCUUCAUCGCUCUUGGAGAUCUCAUCCGACAAGGCCAAAGCUUCAACACUAGAGAGACAAACAAGACCCACUCGAUCCAUAAUCGAACCCCAAACUUUCAGAACCGCAACGAAAUACCUAAAGCCGGCGACGCAAAGCUGUUGUAGCCUUCACCCCCUGGAGACUAGAGCCGACGACGGUGAAGCUGAAGAAACUACCACCUCCCGGAAACAAAAGCCGGCGGCGACGGAGCUGUGGAAGCCUCUAUCUCCCGGAAUCAAAACCCACACUACGAGCGUCUUCACCACGCCAUAACCUCCAAGCAACCGCGUCUUCACUCCAAGAAAAGAGACACCAUGGGUGGUGGUUGGCCAGAGCUUAGACAAGGCGGACGCCGGAGACGACGGAGAGGAAACAAAGGCCGAACAAUUUUUGCUGAAGGACAACGAGCUUCGACGACGGCACGCACGCUCACGCGUCGGCCGUACGCCGAACCCAACUCUGAGAUCUACUUUCUCUCUCUUCUCUCUCUUCUCUCUUCAAAGAAAUCUACUACAUUGGUUUUCUUAGACGGGCAAAUUGAUUUAAGAAACAGUUUCUUAGAUGGGAUUAUUGAUUUAUUUCUCUUGAAGAUAUAAGAAAAAAAAAUGUAAAGAUGGGCAAAUUGAGCUUGGUUCUUGAA